CUGUACUGUAGUCGUUAAAGUUUACUCAUUUCCUUCAAGGCAGCGCAAAAAAGAUUCGCAGCAAGCUUUUAUCUAUUGCUUUCAGAAUGUCGUCUGAAACAGAGCAGCAGGACCCUAAUGUUCCCCAAAAUGAAGAUGACGGGGUGGAUAACAAAUCACAAGGCACAUUUAAAGUCCCAGAACAAAAGAGUCAUGUAGAUAUUGAGAGAGAGCAGGAAGCAAAAUUGAAAGCUAAAUAUGGAAUGAGAAAACCAGGUGGGGGAUCAGCUCUAUUACAGAAGAGGCUCCAAAAAGGGGCCAAAUAUUUUGACUCGGGUGAUUACAAUAUGGCAAAAGCCAAAAUGAACAAUCCUAAACAUCCACUGCAACCUAAGGAGAAACUGUUGCUGCAGGAGUCUAUUGGAGGUGCCAUUCCAACGCCACUAGAGGUGGAACAUAUGCGGAGACCCUCACAACAAGCGAGUAACCUCGUGAUGGAGGACGAGGGCGGACAUCCGAUACAUUUAGUCGAACAUUAGAACAUUGUGUAAAUGAGUGUUACAAAACAUACAGUUUAAACUACCCAUCUAUGGCUUCUUUCACAGUUAAGAUAAUAUUGUAACAAAGCAUUUAAACAUGUUAUAUAGUAUAGUUAAG